AUAGUUGGGAGGUGGAGUAUUAAAUAGCGUGUGAUUGUCAGUUUUGAGCUGCGAGCAGCUAGAUCAACCAGAAACACAGAGCCCAAACUAAACCCUAAAGUUUCACUUUCUUCUCCAAACAAGAUGACAGAGAAUCCAAAGAGGUCCCUAUCUGAUUUCCCCGAAGAAAUCAUCACAGAAAUACUUGUUCGACUUCCGGUGAAAUCUGUGCUCCAAUGCAAAUCCGUUUGCAAGCCUUGGCUACACACCAUUUCAAACCCUAAUUUCAUCAAAUCUCACCUCCAUCACGCCAUCACCGCUUCUCGAUAUGAUCCCACACUACUCAACAUCAUUAAUGUGGAACAACUUGCCUACCUUGCUGCUAGUGACCGGCUCUUCCAUUACGCCGAUCCUGCCCCAGCUUUUUUGCAGAUGCAACAACGACAGCGAAGGCGACGGCAGCUUGUUAACCAGGCCCUUGAUGAUGCCGACGCCCAAGAUUUGUCGGGGUCGCCUUUGCAGUUUGCUCGUGUUGAUAUACCAGGUGGGCUUAAGCUGUCUCGAUUUGUUGGUUGUUGUAAUGGUAUUAUAUGUCUAUGUAAUUUUGGUAAUGGGGUCUAUUUUUGGAAUCCAUCAAUCAAAAUGUUUAGGCAAAUUGUAUUUACCAACCCGGGUAGAAAAAGAUCAGCUAUAGUCGGGUUUGGCCAUGAUCGUAUCUCGAAUGAAUACAAGCUCCUUAGGUUUGUGUAUGAGAGGAGGGAUGACGUUGUUCCGAUGGCUAAGGUGGAUUAUGUGAAUGCCGGUUAUUGUAGAGAAUUUCAAGGUCCGAAUUUGAAGACACAAAUUUGUCCAGUGGAGAAAAGUAAUAUUGUUGUUAACAAUGUUUUGUAUUUUUUUGGUGGAGAUCAGCUAGUCUCUUUUGAUUUACAUAACGAAGUGUUUGGACUAGUUGUGUUGCCUAACUUUAUACAAAGGAAGAUGUCAAAUGUUAUGGAUUUUGAAGGUUCGGUUGCUAUUGUCUUUGAGUCUGGAACUGGGGUUGAUUUAUGGACGUUGAAUACUGUUUCUGGUGUGUUUUCUUGGAACAAGAAGUUUAGCAUUGAGUAUGGGUUGGAUGAUUUGGAUACAGAGAUAUGGUUGUCUUGUUAUUUGGGUGCAAAACAGUUCUAUGGAUGGAAGUCACUGAAUGGAAAUUAUUUCGUAUAUGAAAUCUUGUAUGACUAUGAGAAGAAAAAUAUCAAAUAUUAUGGUCUUCGAGAAGAGUAUGUUAAUAUAUACCAAACUUCAGAGGAGUCGGAGAAAAUUAUUUCUGCAAAGCUGGAAGACUCAAUGGUACCUGUUCAUGCAGCUUUCAAAUACACCGAGACACUUGUUUCACUUGACAGGUUUGAACCAGUGGAAAAUGCCAGAAAUGAACAAUCUAAUUCUUGGGGAUUCAUACAUGAGUCAUGACCGAAAGGUAAGCGGUACAGGGCAAGUGAAGUGUUGUUAUAGGGCACAAAGUUGUUGCAGUCCUUGUUUGUUUUGUGCUUCAUAUCUAUGAAGAAGACCCUAUUGUCUAACAGUUUACUACUAUUGACUACCUAGAUUAAUAUGUUCUAAGUAUAGUUUGCUAUAUCUAUUUGAAAUGGGUGGAUGAAUUGCGAAUUGAACCUUUGUUAUGUGUUUCUUCA